GGAUGUUAGUCAGAAAUACCCUCAAAAUUGCUCAAAAUGACAAAAAAUUUUGCCUCGAACUUAUCAAAAGAAAUUUGUCAAUUACUUCAAAAUUGCAAGGAAAUGGGUUUAAUUUAGAUUUGUCAUCUGAACAAAAACAACUUCAACAAGCAGUGGGUAAAUUUACUGCAGAAGAAAUAAUUCCUAAAGCUGCCCAUUAUGACCAGACGAUGAAAUUUCCUUGGGAAAUAAUUAAGAAGGCACAUGCUAAUGGGUUUAUGAAUGUUGAUAUACCUGCUGAAUAUGGAGGCCUUGACCUAGAUUUAUUGAGCAACGUUCUUAUCAGCGAAGCUAUUGGUUAUGGAUGCACAGGGAUUGGAACUGCCAUUUUGGGCAAUGAUUUGGCUGCAACCCCAAUUAUUCUUGGUGGAAGUGAAGAAAUUAAAAAGAAAUAUUUGGGUCAAUUGAUUGAUGAACCUGUUAUGGCUUCUUAUUGUGUGACAGAACCAGGUGCCGGCUCUGAUGUUUCCGGACUUAAAACAAAGGCAGUAAAGAAAGGAGAAGAAUGGGUGAUUAAUGGCUCAAAAAUGUGGAUUACAAAUGGUGGAGUUGCUUCUUGGUUUUUUGUACUAGCUCGAACUGAUCCGGACCCGAAGGCUCCGAGUGGAAAGGCAUUUACUGCUUUUGUUGUGGAUGGUGAUGCUAAAGGUCUUUCUCGAGGGAAAAAGGAAAUAAAUUUGGGUCAACGCUGUUCUGACACUCGAGGAAUUACUUUUGAGGAUGUUGUGGUUUCUUCUAAAAAUGUUAUUGGAAUACCUGGAGAAGGUUUCAAAAUUGCAAUGAAAACUUUUGACAAAACUCGACCAAUUGUUGCAGCAUUGGCUGUUGGACUUGCUUCUAGAGCUUUGGAUGAAGCUGCAAAAUAUUCAUUGGAAAGGAAGACUUUUGGAAUGCCUAUUGCUAAUCAUCAAGGCGUCUCUUUUAUGCUAGCAGAUAUGGCAAUGGCUUUAGAACUUUCUCGUUUGAUGACUUAUAAAAGUGCCCAAGAAGUUGAUCUUGGUCGUCCGGGUGCUUAUUGGGCUUCAAUUGCUAAAUGCUUUGCUGCAGAUACUGCAAACCAAACAGCUUCAAAUGCUGUCCAGAUAUUUGGAGGAAAUGGCUUCAACACAGAAUUCCCAGUAGAAAAAUUAAUGAGGGAUGCAAAAAUCUUUCAAAUUUACGAAGGUACUUCACAAAUUCAACGUCUUGUUAUAUCUCGUCAAUUGCUUCAAAGAGUUGCUCAGACUGGGACUUCAAGCGUCUAAUCUU